GAUGGGGUGGGGGAGUUGUGAGCUUGGACCCUAAUCCCUUAGGUUUGUCUACAGCACGGCCUUAGGAUAAACUGACAUGUAGGCGAUCGACAUUUGAAAAUGCUACUUGGACUUUAGCACAUUUUUAAGUUCAGAAGUCAUUUUAUAUAUUACAGGAAUGCUUUCUCUGGUUCAGCAUGCAGCACUUUACGUAUCACGGAAGGUAACAGUCUUUCAGCAUACUUGUUGAGGCCUUAAACCUGAGACUUAACUACAGAAGACCUGCAGUUUUCUUCUGACACCAGGAUACUGCAGCUACACGAGAGCAGCUCACGGCUUCUUGGGAGGAUUAUGCCAUUAUAGCUGACAACUUGAGCUUCCUCAGCACACGACGGCUCCGAGACAAAGUCACUCCUGCUCUCCUUACAUGCAGCAGGAACCAUGGAUGACCCCUAUCACAACAAUGUAAACCAGCAGAUGACCGAAGGUGGAGAUUACACCUACACCCAAGAUGGUGGAGGUCAAGACGGCUACCCUUAUCAGACGGACUACCCUCCACAGGACGAGGAUGCUGCUAGUGAUGCCACUGAAGGGGCAGAUGAGGAUGAUCAGAUGUAUGAGGGGGAGUACCAAGGCAUCCCGCACCCCGACGAGAUCAAGGAGGCACGACGGGCAGCUCGAGUGGAGGCCAGGAGGAAAGCCCGGAUGGCUGCCCAGCAGGAAGAGGAAGAGGAAAGCCUGCCAGAGCAAUACGAGACCAUCAUGGAGGACUGUGGCCAUGGACGCUUCCAGUGGAUGCUCUUCUUUGUGCUGGGCUUGGCGCUAAUGGCUGAUGGCGUGGAUGGUUUCGUGGUGGGCUUUGUCCUGCCCAGUGCUGAAAAGGACAUGUGCAUAUCUAACGCUGACAAAGGAUUACUGGGUCUCCUGGUGUAUGUGGCCAUGAUGGUGGGUGCACUGGUGUGGGGUGGUCUGUGUGAUAAAAUGGGGAGGAGGAAGUGUCUGAUCUACGUCCUGACCAUCGACCUGGUCUUCUCCUUCCUGUCCUGCUUCGCUCAGGGCUACGGCUUCUUCCUCUUCUUGAGGUUCUGCUCUGGCUUUGGAAUUGGUGGCUCCAUUCCAAUUGUGUACACCUACUUUACUGAGUUCCUGCAGAUGGAUAAACGUGGAGAACAUCUGAGCUGGCUCUGCAUGUUCUGGAUGUUUGGAGGCCUGUACGCCUCCUUCACCGCCUGGGGAAUCAUCCCUCAUUAUGGUUGGGGUUUUGCCAUCGGUACACAUCUUCAGAUGCACAGCUGGAGACUGUUUAUCCUGGUGUGUCUCUUUCCUGCACUGGCCGCACUCAUCGGACUCGUGUUCAUGCCGGAGAGCCCGAGAUUCCUCCUGGAGAAUGCACGGCAUGAUGAGGCGUGGAUGAUCCUGCGACAAGUUCAUGACACCAACUGGAAAGCCAAGGGGGAGCCAGAGAGAGUUUUCACUGUAACCAACAUCAAGACUCCACAAACUCAGGAGGAUGAGUUCAUAGAGAUCCAGAGUGAGACUGGGACUGCUUUCCAGCGCUGGACUGUCAGAAAAAUGACCAUGCUGCAACAGGUGAUGGCCAAUAUCAUGUCUCUAUCAGCGCCGGAGCUCCGACUACAAGGCCUCCUUCUGGUUAUUGUCUGGUUCUGUUUGGCCUUCAGCUAUCACGGGCUUGGAGUGUGGUUUCCUGAUAUGAUCAAGUACAUGCAGUAUGAGGAGUACGAGUCCAAAGUCCGAAUAUUCCAUCGAGAACGUGUGGAGCGUUUCCACUUUAACUUCUCUCUGGUCAACCAGAUCCACCGUGAGGGGGAGUACAUCCAUGACAAGUUCGCCAACAUUGAAAUCAAGUCGGUCAAGUUUGAGAGUUCUCUGUUUGAAAACUGCUACUUUGAGGAUAUCAAAUCCACCAACACCUUCUUUGAGAACUGCACUAUUAAAAACACCGUCUUCUAUAACACAGAUCUCUGGCAGGACAAGUUCAAGAACUGUCGAAUGGAAAAUGCCACCUUUCUCCACCCGAAGAAAGGCUGCCAUCUGAACUUUCAGGAGGAGAAUGACAUUGUCAUCUACAUGGUCAGCUUCCUGGGCAGUUUGGCUGUCUUGCCUGGGAACAUCAUCUCAGCGUUGUUCAUGGACAAGAUAGGAAGGAUCCGCAUAAUAGGUGGUUCUAUGCUGGCGUCAUCGGCCUGCACUUUCCUUCUGCUGUUAAGUUUCAGUCAAGGAGCUGUAAUAUGUUGGCAGUGUCUCUUUUAUGGCGUCAGUGUGGCAGCCUGGAAUGGACUAGAAGUAAUUUCUGUGGAACUCUACCCGUCCUCUAAACGAGGAACUGCGUUCGGCAUCCUGAAUGGCAUCUGUAAGUUUGCGGCCAUCAUUGCCAGCUCUAUCUUUGCCGCCUUCAUCGGCAUCACCAAGAUCAUCCCCAUCUUCCUGGCCUUCGCCGCCCUCGUCUGUGGAGGCAUGGUGGCUCUUAAACUGCCCGAAACCCGGGAGAAAAUCCUCUCCUGAAAAGCCAAACUCCUGCAGCCUCUGGGCCUCAAACGCAGUCUAGCUAUGGGUGAAGCCGCAUAUUCUGGGGAAAGUAUCAGCUUUUUUAAACUGAAACACAAAGGUAAUAAAGAAAGGCCACGUUGUGCUAGAUGAGUAAAACUAUUGAAAACCUGUCUGGUUGCCUAUAUAAACCUGUGGUUGCUUUCUGUUCUGUCUCUAAGUACCUCAGGCUGCCCAGCUUUUCUGUCACAUUGAAUAAAAAAACUAGUCUUUGUCUUCCCUCCAUCUUUCUCCCAACCUGCGUUUGCACACAUUGUAGUAACAUUUGUGUUGUUUGAGGUUCGUGUAAAAGAUUAAUAUGAGAUGAAAAUGUGUACUUGAAAGGUGUUGUAGUUCUUGUUACCAUGUCGUGCUUUGAUUUCAUUCCCUCUCAGAGAAAGAGAAAGGACUCGUAGUGAUAACUUGAAAUGAAUUAGAAUCCUGUUGUAUUCACCGCCGAGACUCAGCAGCAAUAUCACUGCAGGUGUUGUUAUUCAGAGAAAACACCCAUUUCACCCACACAGUCUUUGUUUAUUCUGCGGUGUCCUGUGGUGUCUGUAGUCUUCUUUAGUUGUUGCUUGGUUUGUUUUCUGUAGACUUGAAUCCAGAUUCACCAUUUUCAAUAAUGUAGAAGAUUUUUUCUUUUAAAUGAAAUCCUCUCCCGUCCAUUUCUCCCAGCGUAUCCAACCAAAACAAUUCUCCUUGUCUGUCGUCGUGUCCUCGACUCUGAGACGUUGUGUCUGUCCUCAGUGGUAGAGCUGUGUUUUGCUGGUGAUAAUGUAGAAUCAGAGUCUUGUUUGUCACAUCUUGCCAUGACAAAGUGUAAGGAACUGUUUAAUUUGUUUUUGUCUGUUUUUUUUUUUUUAAAGAAUGACUGUGAAAAUAGAUGUUUUGAUAUGAUGCUCUCAUUUUAACAUACUGAUGAAGAACUGAUUUACAGAACUUGUUGCAUAUUAUGUUUCAAGACUUCUAAAGAAGGUGUUACUUUUUUUUUUGGCACAACUGAGGUGUGUAUGUGCGCGCGCUGUUAUCCACACAUCUGUGAAUUCACUGAAUCACAACAGUCUUGAAUACCAGUAUUGUAUUUGUGGUUGUACAUAUAGACCUGUGUAUAUUAGUUGUAACAUAAUAGCUGCAGACAUGACUUGAAUAAAGCUGAGGGCUCAUGA